UCUCCAACCUCCUCUUUUAUCCCCCUCCCAUCUCCUCUCCUCCCCGCUCUCUCCUGCCCCACCCCUGGGAAGCCCCUCCCGUCGGGCAGCGCCGCCUUAUAAGCGGGUUCCCUUCCCGGGGGCGGCAGCGGCUGGUCGGCGGCAGCUCUGCUGGUGCGGGGGCGGCAAGCUCAGGACCAAGCGACCGCGGCCAAAGCGCGCCGGCCACCGCCCGCACCGCCCUUCCGCCCGCCCUCCGGACGGCCGCAGCCCUGCGGGUCUCCGCUCCGGACCCACCCCCGCCCCACCCCGCGCGCCUCUGCCGCCUCUUCCAGAGACACAGCUUGCCGAGCGGCCGCCGCUGCCGCUGCCGCUGUCGCCGCCGUCGUCGCCACCGCGCUAGGUUUCGGCCGCGGCCACCCUCCGCCGUCCAGGGCUUCUCCGUCUCGGCCCCGGGACCCCGGCUCCCCGCCAGCCCCGGCCCCGGCACCAUGUCGGAGAAGAGCGUGGAAGCAGCGGCCGAGUUGAGCGCCAAGGAUCUGAAAGAGAAGAAGGAGAAGGUGGAGGAGAAGGCAAGCCGGAAAGAGCGAAAGAAAGAAGUGGUAGAGGAGGAAGAAAACGGAGCUGAGGAGGAAGAAGAAGAAACUGCUGAGGAUGGAGAGGAGGAAGAUGAAGGGGAUGAAGAAGAUGAGGAAGAAGAAGAAGAGGAUGACGAAGGGCCCGCGCUGAAGAGAGCUGCCGAAGAGGAGGAUGAAGCGGAUCCCAAGCGGCAGAAGACAGAAAAUGGGGCAUCGGCAUGAGCCCCCUGCCAAUGGGCUGGGGGUAGUAGGCCCCUGAGGGCCUGGAGGUGUGGGUGGGAACAGACAAGUACAGCCACCCUUCACCUGGCUCCCUGCUCUGGAUCCUGCACCAGAACUGCCACCCUUUCUCCCCAGCCUUCUCAUUUCCGCCUCUCCAGACACUGUCCCUCCACCCUCACUCUGCCAUUGUUCCACCUCCUGACCUGCUCCAUUGAGCUCCCCAGCUGGUCCCCAGUGGCCCUUCUCCCCUCCUUGCUCUCUGCCUCCCUUUCCUCACCCACCAUGGCACUUGUCCUCGUCCUUGGGUAGCCUCUCCUACCUACUCUCUGCAUCCCCCAGCCUCAUGUCCUGCCCUAUCCCUCUCCUGCCUGAUCCCUGGGUCUCCCUCAGAUCCCCUCCUGUCAGACAGCGCCAGGCCGGGGUGGGGCCGGGGUUGGGGCCGAGCCCCACAGCUGCCCCCCUCCCCUCCCCUUUUUGUAUAAUUUAAUAAAGAAAUGGUCGCGCUUCUGUUUUUAA